GCCCCGCCCCGCCAUCUCAGGAAAGGAGCUUUCGGUUCCAGUUCCAGUCCAGCUCCAGAUCCCAUCGAACCAACCAGGCCAGCCUCCAUUUGUCUCUGCUGUUGUCUUCAACCAUCGCUCGUUCUCAGCAACUGCAUCAAAAAUUAGACUCCAUCCACCCGCUCAUCAACAGCCAUCAAUCUCUCGACCGACUCUUCCACCUUACAACCCCGCUUUAUUUCUCUCCCCCCAACACACACGCACACCCAACAUUGCAAUCAAGAUGGGCAGCCAAAAGCGGAUAGCCAAGGAACUGGCCGAACUCACCGAAUCCGCCCCCGAAGGCAUAACCGUCAAGCUAGCCGACGAAUCCAACCUCUACAUCUGGAACGUCUACAUGGAGGGACCUGAGAACUCGCCUUACCAGAACGGAAUCUUCCACCUUACCCUCACCCUCCCAACCGAAUACCCCUUCAAGCCGCCGACGGUCUCCUUCCGGACGAAAAUCUACCACCCCAACGUCACCAACGACGACAAGGGGAGCAUGUGCCUGGGGAUGCUGCGGGCGGACGAGUGGAAGCCCAGUUCGCGCCUCGCGGCCGUGCUGCAGUUCGCGCGCCAGCUGCUGGCCGAGCCCAUGCCGGACGACGCUGUCGAGGGCCGCAUCGCCGAGCAGUUCAAGGGGGAUUUCCCGCGGUACGAGGAGGUCGCGCGCGAGUGGACGAGGAAGUAUGCCGUGCGGGGGUAGGAUACAUACUUUGGGUUUGGGGGGG